AAGAUGUCCUCCAAUCCACUGGCCGAGGCAGAAGAGGAUGUGUUUGAUCUGACAGAGGUGGUUCCUGAGACAGAACGACUUGACAGCAGCUUACAAAAAGCUAAAGCACAACUGUCAAUUAAAACCAAGAGGCAUCGGCCCUCCCGAACCCGCCUGAGAGACAGUGUGAGCUCGAUAGAUGGGGAUGACAGCACUGAUAGAAUGAGUUACGGCGGCUCUGUGCAGACCUCAUCUUCUCCACUCCACCCUUCCUUUCGCUGCUCUUCCCCCUCUGAUCUGCUUCUCUCCUCCCCUUCCUCACGAAGAGACCAGUCCUUCACCUUUGACCCCUACACUGUGGUUGGAGAAAGGGAGGUACAAGAUGAAAGAUGGAGCUACAGACACUUCCUGAACACCUCCUCUCAGGAGACUUUGCACCUCACCCGUUCUAAAUCCCCCUGCAGACCCUGCGUCCAUUCAGAGACAUCUUCCCCAGCCCAUCGCUGCGAGACAGACAACCUCAAGUCACGGGAGGGCAGCCAACCCCUCCUACACUAUGGAGAAUACUCGCAGAGCGAAGAUGACAGUCAUGACACAGGCCCUGAUGAACCAGAGAGUCCAACAGUGCUGCUGGACAAGAAAACCAGGAGACGUUUUCUUGAUUUGGGGGUCACUUUACGUCGCACAUAUGGAAAGGUCAGGAAAGACAGAUCCAACAGACUCUCAGCAGGAAAUCGGGUUUCAGAGAGAACAGAGAACCAGUCAUCACGUUCAUCUGGUCCACCAUUUGUGCCUUUCUCUUGGUUCAGUGAAAGAUUAAGAGGCUCUGGCUCCCCGAAGAACAUUCAGGCCCAAUCCAAACCUUUCACCCAGGGCUCCAGUACCGAUGAGGACUUUGAUUCUUCAGUGGGUUUACUAGAAGACACCAGACCCUGCAAGACUGAGUCAUCACAACCAUAUCAGACCCUCCCUGAACAUUCAGAUGGGAAUGACUGUGACAACAGUCGAGGCACAGAUUUCAGUUUUAAAAAGAAGAUGCUUUCUGCUGCUGGGAAAGAUCGGACUGAGCGACAGAACGCCGUUAAUGGAAAACGGGACAGUGGGAAAAAUGGACACAGUGAAGAUGGACAAAAAUUACUGACCACUUGAUGGCAUUUCUGAAAGACUGAAUACAAUUAUGCUGCAGGUUCCAUUAUUAAUGUCAAACAUUUCUUUGGCUUUCACAAUGUAUUACCGAUUGAUAUAGUAAUAAAAGAUAACUUGCAAAAUUAUUUGUGGACAUGAAAGUAUCCACACAAAAAAAACAACAAUUUUGACAUAUCAUUUAGAAAGAAAGAAAAAAAAAGUUAAAGUUGUGCUUGAAUAGCUUGAUGACAGUCUUGACAAAAUAAAUGAUAUGUAUUUCAUCUGUGUCAUUAGAUCUGUCAUUACAGAGAAAUAUUUGAGGUGUUCUGGGAUCAUGUAAGCUGCAAUGAUGACGACAUGAGCGUAUGUGGAACUGUC